AUGACAUCGACUUACUCAACAAAUCACGCCGCCAGCGUCCUCCGCACGCACAACUGGCGCACUCUAUCCAACUCAGCCCCCUACCUCCUCCCCCACCUCGACCACCUGCAAUCCAUCACCCCGAACCUCAAGAUCCUGGACAUCGGCUGCGGUCCAGGGAGUAUAACCAUCGACCUCGCGCGUCGCCACCCAGCCGCGCAGGUGAUAGGAAUCGACUCCUUCACGGACCCGCUCCCCACCGCACGCCGCCUCGCCGCCUCAGAGGGCCUAACGAACAUCACCUUCGCCGUCGGCGACACCCACGCCCUGAAUUUCCCCGAUAACACAUUCGACGUGGUCCACGUCCACCAAGUGCUCCAACACAUCGCGGACCCCGUCCAAGCCCUCCGCGAGAUGCACCGCGUCGCCAAGCCGGACGGCGGGCUCGUCGCCGCCCGCGAAUCCAGCAUCCAUACCUGGUACCCCGCGAACCGCGGGAUCGAGCUCUGGGACCGCCUGAGCCGGGAGCUGGGACAGCAGAGCGGCGGGAACCCGCACCCCGGGGCCCGGAUCCAUGUCUGGGCGGAGGAGGCGGGAUUUGCGCGGACGCAGAUCCGCAAGACGACGGGCAGUUGGUGCUUUAGUUCCGACGAGGAGAGGGAGUAUUGGGGCGGCUCGAUGGCGGAGAGGGCGCGCAACUCGGGGUUCGCGGACCGUGCGGUGGAGAGCGGGCUCGCCACCAAGGAGGAGCUGGACACGGUGGUUGAAGGGUGGUUGGAGUUUGUGGGCUGUGGGCAGGCGUGGUAUGGGAUGUUGCAUGGGGAGAUUGUUUGCUUUAAGUAA